AUGUCCGAGACCACCUACAGCACGUUCGGCGCUCCCAUCCAGAUUACCCUUCAAGAAGAGGGGGUUUACGAGGUUACCCAACUUGACUCUCAGCCCAAGUUUGCCGAUCUUUCAUUCAACGAGGGCAACUACUCGAUCGACUCCAGUGUUGGACCCGUCAAAUUUGGCGGCUUUAUCCAAGAAAACUCUCUCGAAAUUGGCGUCGAUGUUGCUAUCUUUGGCCUCUCGCUCGGCUCGUUUAACGGCAACAUCAAGGACGGGCUCGUUAUCAAGGUCAAUGUGGCGGCUGCCUCCGGCGAAAUCAAACUAUUUAUACAGCAGGGGAACUGCAUAAUGGCAGGUGUCGACCUGCGCAUCUUAGGCCAAACGAAUAUCGACAGGACGCUCAAGAUUCUUACCCUAUAG